AUGACGGCAGGCGUCGAAAAAUUAUUUGACCAACUUGGACACUUCAAAAGGUUUCAGGCAUGUCUCUACUUCGCUGCCGUUUUUCAGGCUACUUCCUGCGGUAUCCACUACCUCGCCUCUGUGUUCUUGGUGGAGACACCUAAAUUCCUCUGCGAUGCUCCGGCGAACAUUACCGAAGUUCUGUAUGGGAAUCACUCCGGGACGUCGCUGGAGGAUAUCUGGCAAUUCUACUCCACCGGGAAGGGACCCGUGGUUGUCCUCACGGCGGGAGGCGACCAGUGGGAGUUGAGCCCGUGCAGAAAAGCGUUGCGCUUGAACGCUUUGGACUUCGAGUAUCAUUUCCACGGUAACAAGACGGUGGAGUCGUGCGGGGGGUUCGUGUACGACACGAGCGAGGUGCAUCAGAGCAUCGUGACAGAUUGGGACCUAGUGUGUGAAAAGGAAUGGCUCGCCAAACUCUGCCAGCCCACGUUUAUGCUGGGGGUCCUCAUCGGAGCUCUGGUGUUUGGCGAUAUCGCUGAUCGGGUUGGAAGACGACGGGUCUUGAUGUUCACCAGUUUGUGCCAGUUUACAUUUGGAAUCACUGUGGCCUUUACAGGAAACUAUUACUUUUUCGUCAUCAUGCGUUUCCUAUUAGCCAUGGUUUCCAGUGGUUAUCUGGUGGUGGUGUUUGUGUACGUGACGGAGUUUACGGGCAACAAAGUGCGCACGUGGACGUCCAUGCACGUGCAUGCCGCCUUCGCAGUGGGGAUCAUGGUGGUGGCGCUGGUCGGUUACCUGGUCCGCGUCUGGUGGAUCUAUCAGAUCAUCCUGACCCUCAGCACCUCCCCGUUCCUGCUCUACUGCUGGAAGUUUCCGGAAACCCCCUUCUACCUGAUGGCCAAAGGUCGGCACCAGGAGACUCAAGAAUUGCUGAACACCAUUGCCCACUUCAAUGGCCUGGAACCUACACUCAAGGUUUCUGACCUGAUGGAGGGAGAAUCGCAUGAGGAGGCUCUGAUGCCCAAGGACAGUAAAGAGGUGGAGGUGCAGACAGAGAAGAAACUCAGCAUCUUAGACAUGUUUGGCAGCUGGAAGAUGGCGGCCCGCAGCGCCACCUGCUGGGCCAUCUGGUUCAUCGGCAGCCUGGGUUACUACGUCUUCAGUUUGGGCUCUGUUAACCUGGGUGGGAACCAGUACAUCAACCUGUUUCUGGCAGGCGCUGUGGAGAUUCCGUCGUACCUGAUUGGCUGUUUUGCAAUGGACCGGGUGGGCAGGAAGAGGACGUGUGCUCCUGCCUUGCUGCUGAGCGGAGUGGCCUGCAUGCUCAUUAUUGUUGUGCCUAAGGACAUUGAGGUCUUGGCCAUAGUUCUGAGUAUGACGGGGAAGUUUGCCAUAGCCAUCGCCUUUGGUCUGAUUUAUCUCUACACCUGUGAGCUUUAUCCCACCAUUAUCAGGUCUCUGGCAGUCGGGAGUGGUAGUAUGAUGUGUCGGGUAGGCAGUGUUGUGGCUCCGUUUUGUGUUUACCUGGCUGACCUCUGGAUAUACUUACCUCAGCUCAUUGUAGGAGUCUUAGCCUUCAUCAUCGGGAUCCUGACCAUGUUUCUGCCGGAGACGCUGGGUCAGCCGCUCACCAACACGCUGGAGGAGGCCGAGGCGUUGGGAUCCAAGCCCAGCAAAAAGGCUUCAGCUCCGGGCAACAAGGUGGGCCAGGAGACCAUGGAGAUGAACUCUGUGGACAGCAAAGCCUGAAUCUGCCUCCUCCAGAAAGAGAG